CCUGCACUGAAAUAAUAAACAGAAAAAAGCUGAUAUUAUGAGCCAAUGGACGAUGUAUAACUAUAUUAUAUCGAUUAUAUCAUCGUCAGCUAACUGACGACUAAUCAGCUCUCAUAGAAUAAUCCAAUGAUAUAAUAUGUUAUUUUUAAGCUCACUGGGAUUUACAUUACGAAGAAGCUAUACUACAAUUUACAAUUGUAUAUAACAUUUUAUGGAACAGACUCCUGCAAAAAUGAGAAAAAGCAGAUACUUGAUAAGAUAAUAUGAACUCCGGCUAAGAAUGAAAUGAAACUUUUUGCAUAAUCUUUUUAAAUCUGGCAUGCAAGAAUUAUGAAAAAUAUGAGAAACAAAUUUUUUAAAUUAAAUUGAGAACAAAAUGGCCAGAAGAAUUUUUGAUCACAUCACGUACACAUGGCCUUUGAGUGAUAAAAAUUGAAAAAUUUCUUAUGAAAUUCAAAAUUUUCAAGUGAUACUUCACAGCUAUUUAUAAAUUAUAUUAACAAAAUCGAUAAAAAGUAGAAAAAUAUAAAACCUCUCUCUUCUUUUCGUUUAAAAUUUACUAAAUUGAAAGAACAAUGUGCUCCCCGUGUGGACCUAUGGUUUGCUACAAAUAUGAGGAUUGCGGGCCUCCAAAAGAAAGAUCUGCCGAUACAGAUCCUAGAGUGGAAGAGAGUGGUACAGAAAAAAAGGGAUCAAAAGAGAAUCAACUCAAGAGGACAAAGAGCCGUGAGCUACGUGGUGGAAUUAUGUAUUAUAGUUGUCAUUGUAUAAAGCGUAAUGGUCUUCAACAUGAUUGUCGGCGCACUGGUUGUGGCGGAGAGCCAUCGUGUCUAGUUAUGCCGGACCCCUUGUGCGCACCGAGUCAACUAGCGCGAGCUCGCGGGCUCGCAGACCCAACACCACUAGCAGCACAUUACAGAGCUCAAGGAGGUGGUUCAGGUGGAUCAACGGGUUCCAGCACUGAAUCCGGCACUGGCAAAAGAUUCAUAGUGUGUGAACUUAAAGGCAUCGUUCCAGACUCUUCAACAAACAACAAGAAUAAGCAGUGCUGUAAGUGCCCAAUGCUAUUAAGUAACACUGUCGAACGUUCUGCAUACAAAGAGCGUAUUUGCAUGCCAAAGGCUGCAACAACCACAGAAACGACCACUACACAGUGUAAGUGUUCGUGUAGUUACAAACAAUCACCCGAUAGUGUAAAUCCAAUGUUGAUGUUGGACGAGGAAACCUAUAAUACGAUUCUUCGUAGAUUCGAAACUAAAGAAUUAGCUCCAAGCGAUGUAGUUAUUGGGCCAGGUGGUCGACCAAGAAAGGUAAAACAAACUGAAGUUAAGGAUGAAUCGUGUACUAGACCGGGUUGCGUACACUGGAAACCGCCGCCGCCUUGUUUAUGGGAUGCUCCUUGCAAAGCUGACUGUUUUGAAGCUCCGCCUGGUAUCCAGCCUGGCCGAAAUCCAUUAACUGGCAGCGGCGGCUCCAGAAUACCCAGCGCAUCACCCGGUGAAAACUCUGGUAAAAAGUUUAUAAUGCUUACUCCACUUUGAAUGCCUACAUUCU